AUGCCCACCUCCCCCCUGCGCACGCACCUCGAAACCGACGGCUUCGUAAUCAUCCGCUCGCUGCUCCCCCCCUCCCAACUCUCCGACCUCCACUCCGCCGCAACCCGCACCGUCGCCCUCGCCACCGCCGGCAGGUGGCCGCACGUGCGCACGGUGGGCAAGCAGUUCCCGCCCUGGGCCUGGGCGCCGGGCGUCGGGAUAUGGGGCGUCCAGCACCUGCUGCACCCGGCGCUGGCGGACGCGGGGGUGUUCGCGCGGAGCUACUUCGGCUCCGGGGGUGUUCUGGACGUCGCGAAGGAACUGCUGCUGCUAAGCGAUGACGGAAGCACCACCACUGCUGCGGCCAAGGACGAGGAGCUGGUGAUGGAGCUGUACAACCUGCUCGUGCGCCCCUCCGACGGGAGCGACUUUGCGCUGGGGUGGCACCGCGACGACAUCCCGGCGUCGGCGAGCGCCGCGGAGGAGGAGGCGCGGCUGCUGGGCGGGCCGGCGUGGCACGCGCAGUGGAACCUGGCGCUGUGCGACGGCGACGAGAGCCUGGUCGUGGUGCCGGGGUCGCAUCGGCGCGCGCGGACGGAGGGGGAGAGGGCCGCGGAUCCGUUCGAGGGGGAGAUGGAGGGGCAGGUGGUGGUCAGGCUGGGGGCCGGGGAUGUGGUGUUCUACGAUAAUAAUAUCCUGCACAGGGGGGUGUAUGACGGGAAGAGGGAGAGGAUGAGCCUGCAUGGUGGGUCGAUCGCUGCGACUUCAGCUGUCUGGACGAGAAAGACAGAGACAGAGCUGAGGGCAUGCGCGCCAGACUCGUCAGAUUAG